AUGUCUUGGAGAGGAGGUCGAGGCCGUGGAAACAGUUCCAAUAACAAUUACAAUAAUGGAGGAGAUUUCGGCAGUCGGUUAGGAGGAACUCAGUCGUCUGGAUUUGGUAGUGGUGGCAGCAGUCAUAAUAACAAUGCCACCGUCGAGAUCCGGGGAUGGGAAGGUGGUACUCGAGACGAUUUGGUAGCGUUUAUUCUGCGAAAAUGCAGUAUUAAACUGCAGAAUGUUAUAGUCAAUGGCGGAGUUAUCAGUGCUGGAGUCAAACAAGAAGAAGCAGGUCCGCUGGUUAAAUGGUCAGGUGUGAGGUUUGCUGGUGCACCUCUCCGAAUAACGAUUGUAGAGUCCAAUAAACCGUCGUCAGCGUCGAAUCCUCCUACUUAUGGUACAGUAGAGAUUCUUCGAAACUUUUUACAGUCUCGAUACAAUGCACAAAUCAGCAUGCUGGAUCUCCAGAAUUUGAAAAACGACGUGUAUUUACAACAGAAUGGACUGUUUGCAAGUGCCAGUACUGCAUCGAAGAUGUUUCCUGCACUGAUGAAAAUAGCUGGCGAAUUGGCAUCUGGCCAGCAGAGAAUGGUGGUUGAAUCAGUCAAUUUGGCAGCUAAUGAACUUCAAGAAGUCACUGGAGUCACCACUCUGGCACAAGCAUUCCCCGAUUUGAAGAACCUGUCGCUGGCAAAUAAUAAUAUUACCCGAUUAAAAGGAUUAGAACCAUGGAGACAUAAGUUCCGACUUCUUCGUGAACUGAUUCUUAGUGGUAAUCCUGUAACAGAACAACCAGGAUAUAAAGAGGAGAUGAUGAAAAUGUUCCCUCGAUUGAUUAUGUUAGAUGGUCAGAUGAUUCGAGACGAAUCUACAUUAGACCAACUCAAACUGCCACUUCCUGUGAAGCAGAUGUUUUUUGAAAACCCCGAUGUCCAGGGUAUAGCCACGAGUUUCCUGACUAAUUUUUUCAAUGCUUUUGACCAUGACAGAGCACAAUUGGCACAAUUGUAUGACGAAACAUCGACGUUCUCAAUUUCCGUCAACAGCUCGUCGCCACGAGUCAUGCCCGGCGGAGGAACUACGGCACCCAGCCAAGCCGGCUGGAGCGCAUAUAUCCCUCUAUCACGAAACUUACAAAAAGUCACGACGGAAUCCGCGCGUAUCAACCGUCUGGCUAUCGGACCACAGGCCAUUCUCAACGCCUUCCGACGCAUUCCUCCUACCAAACAUCCAUUAAUGGAGUCUCCCGACAAGUUUGCUGUUGAGACUUGGCAUACAAACGGAGUUCGAGCUGCCGACGAUACGGGAAUCAUGAUCUCGAUUCACGGCGAGUUUUCGGAGCAACAAACGAACACCGUGCGCAGUUUCGACCGUACUUUCAUUCUCAUCCAAGGGCCUGCCGGUAACAUGAUUGUUGCCAGUGAUAUCAUGACAGUUCGAAGCUGGGGAGGCAGCGAAUCGUGGAAAGAGUCUGUUCUUCCCCCACCAACUGUUCCCACAACCGUUCCUGGAGUCAAUACUCCAUCUGCUGGUGCUGGAGGAGUAAACGGGAUUCCACCACCCGCACCCACGAUUAAUCCUAUGAAUCCCUCGGCCCCACCACCAAUCAUGGCCACCGGAACACCACCAACCGUCAACACCCCGCCAGAACUCGCAGACCUGCCACCACCACAACUGGCCAUUGUACAACAACUCAUGCAAGAAACGCGACUGACGCCCCAGUACUCGCGAAUGCUGGCCGAACAAGCCAACUUCGACCUCAACCAGGCCGCGGUACUGUUCCAGCAGUCGCGCCAACAACUUCCCCCCUCUGCAUUCUUAUAA